UAAAAAGCGCACAGGAAGUGUUGCACAUAGGGUACAUAAGUCUCAAGCAGCACCAUCUUUAGCCUUGAGAAGAUUGAUGUGGAAGAUGAAAGACCAGCGUCAUAUUUUCCUGCUCACCUACAUGGUGGCGCUUGCCGCCCCUCUUUCUUUGGCUUUCAACAUUGAUGCAACAAAUCCCGAUGUCUAUGCUGGUGAAAAGAAAGAUUUCUUUGGAUACAAAGUGCUUCAGUUCAUGUCUGGCACAAACAAAGGGAUAAUCGUCACUGCGCCGCUGCAGCUCAAUGGAUCUGGAGGAGUAUGCAGACCUGACCAAAACCAAAGCACCCAGUGUUUCAAUGCUGAAGACAUUACUGUGAAAAACGAAACAUUACCAGUGAAGCUCCUCGGCCUGUCAAUCGCCGCAGACUCCACAAGCUCCCAGUUCAUUGUUUGCAGCCCAAGUGUAGCCCAUGAAUGUAAUGAAAACUCCUAUCUGAACAGUGUGUGUUACAAGAUGACACAUAGUCUUCAGACAAUCUCCUCUUUCACUCCUGCUUUCCAAGAAUGUACCAAAAAGACAGUGGACCUUGUCUUUCUUUUUGAUGGAUCAGGCAGUAUGACCGGAGCUGAGUUCAACAAAAAUAAAGAUUUCAUAGUGGAUAUAAUGGACAGCCUUAAGAACACAUCAAUCAAGUUCUCAGCAGUUCAGUUCUCCUCAAACCACAGGACGGUAUUUGACUUCAACAACUAUCAAGAUGGCAGCCUCUUGAAACGUGAGAACGAACUCUACAUGGAAGCUCUGACUAACACAUGGAGCCUCGAAUUUGUGAUGAAAAAUAUCUUGGAAAACCCAGCUGCAGGUGCCUCUCCUGAUGCAAUUAAAGUUCUGGUAAUAAUCACAGAUGGCGAUCCCAGUGACAGAGACUAUGGGAUUAUUGAAGAAUAUAAUGACAAACAGAUCAUUCGCUUUGUCAUUGGGGUCAAAGAUGCUAAGUUAGACAAAUUCACAGCCAUUGCUUCAAAACCAGCAGACCAAUAUGCCUUCAAAAUCGAGAACUACAACGGACUGAAAGGAAUACUGGAAAAGUUUCAAAAAAGGAUUUUUAAAAUGGAAGGCUCCAGUGUGGCUCGGGGAGGAGACUUGACGGAUGAAAUGGCUCAGAGUGGAUUCAGUGCUGUCUUCUAUAACAAUACAUUGAUCCUGGGUUCAGUGGGCUCAAAGAGCUGGGGGGGCUCUCUCCAAGAGUUCCAUGAAGGAAAAGAAACAAAGAUUGAAGAUCCACCAAUGAAGAAGGACUCCUACAUGGGAUACUCCAUUUCUGUUGGCAAGAGGGACACUGCUUCUCUAUACUUUGCGGGUGCACCAAGAUUUGAGCACACAGGACAGGUCGUACUUUUCAGACGUGAUGGUGGUAAUUGGGCCGCAGCCCAAACACUAAAUGGUACCCAGAUUGGCUCCUACUUUGGUGCAGAGCUGUGCUCAGUAGAUAUCGACUCAGAUGGUAACACUGACUUCCUGUUGGUGGGAGCUCCCCUGUUCUAUCAGCCCCAUGAGAAGAAAGAAGGCCGGAUCUAUGUCUACAUACUUUCUGAGAAGAUGCAACUGGAAAUUGUACUAAAUGUGACAGCACCAUCCAUGGGCAGAUUUGGCACCACCAUUUCCAGCCUUGCGGAUCUUAAUGGAGACGAACUCCGAGACGUUGCCGUUGGAGCCCCCCUUGAGGAUGAUAACAGAGGGGCUGUGUACAUCUACCUUGGUGACAGACACAAUGGCAUACGCAGCACUUUCAGCCAGAGAAUCAUGGGACAGGAAAUUAGACCUGAGAUGAGAUUCUUCGGACAGGCCAUUGAUGGGGACAUUGACCUCGGAGAGGACGGACUUCCAGAUAUUUUGAUUGGAUCACAGGGCAUGGCUGUUGUCUUGAGGUAUGGAUACUGUCCUGGCCCUGUCUUCAACGCCAUCGCACACUCCUCUUUUCUUCCUGAGGAAAUAAGCACCGAGAAGAUUAACUGUGUGGACACAGAUGAAAAGUUACCCAUGGGAACCUUAAAAGUCUGCUUUGAAAUGGUAGAGCACAAGAGCACCGGUAAGGACCGGACAAUGAACUGCAGACUGAACAUCUCAUACAUGCUUACCGAUCCAGUGAGACAAACCUACCGAGGUUUCUUAAAUGACAAGACAGCCAGGAGUCUUACUUCCACCUGCAACCUGACGGCUAAUGAAACUUGCUUGAGCUCCGUCAACAUGCCUAAAUGUCUGAAAGACAUUUCACCCAUCAGCAUCAAAUUCAACUUUUCCCAAGCCGACAGUGAGAGUGCGAGUGCCGCCUGGAACGUGGGAUACAGAAGGUUUGAUACUGUUGAGGUUCCCUUUGAAAAGCAAUGUGCAAAAAACGACAGCUGUGUUGCUGAACUCGAGGUGGAUUUCAACUUCACGACCCCGACCUUAUUGGUGGCAGAAGAUAACUACUUCAACGUGACUGUAAAACUGUCCAAUUAUGGUGAUGACUCGUACAACACCAGCCUCACAAUGUACUAUCCCCCUGGCCUCUCCUUCUCCAGGAUGACUAUUACAGAGGCGACUAGACCAACGCUCCACAGCUGUCAUGAUCUUGAAGGGGUGCUUGACAAAACUGUGUGCGGUGUCAGCCUUCCUGUGUAUCGCAGCAGAUCUGCUGCAACGUUCAUAACUUCUUUCUACAUCAUGACCGAGUACGAGUGGAACGACACAAUCGUGAUGACCGUUACUGGAAGAAGUGAUAACGCGAACAUCACCGAGAACAAUACCCCGACCAAAAGCAUCCCAGUGCAAUUUGAAAUUAAAAUGGGACUAACAGUGAGAGAAGGCACCACCACAUAUCUGAACUUCACAGCAGAAGAGGCUGCACCUAAAAAAAUGGAGAUUAUAUAUAAGAUUGAUAAUCCAAGUUUUAAGGCUUUUCCUGUCAACGUGUCUCUGUUCUUCCCAACGCAACUGGAACAUAACUUUGAACUGAAGGAUUAUCAAGUGUCUGUCCAGCAGAACAAAACUCAAUGCAGAAUCACUGAUCUCAAAGCUGAUCACUGCUCGGCAGACUUACACUGGAAAAUCAUUGCAUGUGACACAUUCAUCCUGGACAAAGCGUCAACCACUGAGUUCACAUUGUCAGGAGAUGCACAUUUUAGGGAUCUCAAAAAGCAUGCCGAGAAUAUUGCCCUUCUGAAACGAUACACCGGAGACAGCGGGGAGGUGAAAUUCAAAAGCUUCAUAGGUGUUGAAUUUGACAGGCGACACUACGUGCUGGAUUCUCGUAAACAAGAGAGAAAAGAUGGAUUCAUGGAGACGUCUCAUAAAACUUGCUCAUGGAAAGACAACGAUCCAACCAUGAAAUGGAGUGAAGUUCGGGUUGAGUUCAUAAUUAUCCCCAAUCAACUGCUGAUCAUCUUAACUGGAGUUGGAUUGGGUUUGUUGUUUCUCAUCAUAACCACAAUCAUCAUGUGUAAGCUUGGUUGCUUCAAGAGGAAGACGUUUUAUGAAGAAGAGGAGACAGAUGCUGUUCUUCAGGCUGACACUCCCUAUGAGUUUGCCUUUGACCCCAUAGUAGUCAGCCAAUUAGAGACUGAGGUCAAAUCUGACCAACCAGAGGAGAAAUCGCUUCUUGUUGAUGACGAGGCCAAUGGCAGCAUCGCAGCAGCUGAUGAAGAGGAGGGACCAGAGUAUACAAAAGUAAUUUAGAACCAUUAAGGUGGGCUGACAAAUGCCUGAAUUCUGAAGGGUGCAGCAUGCACAUCAUAAUUAGUGAGCAAAAUUACUAAAGGGACAGCUUAUCAUUAUUGCAAAUAGGCUUAUUUGCUUCCUAACUGAGAGUAAAAGAAGGUACCACUCCAAAUAUGAAGCUGGAGCCACAAGAUGGUGCGAUUGGCUUUGCAUAUAGAUUAGACACAAAGGGAAGUGGUAGCCUGGCUCUGUUGAAUGUAGCAACAUCUAAUGAACCAAGUACAUUUUUUAUCCAUACUUAGAUUAGAUUAGAUUCAACUUUAUUGUCAUUGCACAGAGUACAAGUACAAGUAUGUGCAUAUGAAAAGUGGAAUAUGUAAAUAAAUAAGAUAUGUACAGUAAGAAAUGUAUAAUAGAUAUAAGUCCAAAUAUUACAAAUUUGCCUCAAGGGUCUUUACAGAUGUUCAACAAAAUGACACCUUCUGUCCUUAGAGACUCAAACUGAAUAAAUAAAAAAUUAAAAUAAAGGAAACCCGAAGAAGAGGAAUUGAGGAGGGAUCCCUCCUAAAGGACAGACUGACAUGCAUGAGAUGUCGUGUGUACAGAAUAGAUCUACGUUGCAGUCUUACAGUAUGGACGAACAGCAUGGUCAAAAUAUAGAUUGUAAAUAUACAGGGAGAAUAUGAUGCAGAGGAUGUUGACAUGUCCAUCAGAUGGGACCUGGGCCACACGACCUGGAGUGGGGACAGACAAACCAAACACAGGAGGCCAAGCCAAGCACAUCCUGAACACAUAACCUCCAUCAUCCAGCUACUCUAGCUCACUGAUCUCCAUCUUAUAUCUCUUUUUACAAAAACCUUUGCUCAGUCACCACGGUGAUAUCUACAUAUGGGACCUUGGUCACGUGAUAACCGGUGCUCCUAAAGAGCGGAUCCCCACAGAGAAGACAACCAGCAUCACAGCAACUGUGAGGAGCUCUAUGAUGCUGGACAGGAAACUGAUCCAACACCAGAAGCAUCAGAUAUCAGACUGUUGACAGAAAAACCUCCAUACAUGACAGACCUGUUAUCACAUUACUGAUGUCCCAUACCUGCAGUAGGUCACAUGAUGACAACCGUGCAAAAGAAACCAAAACGCUUUUUUAGAAUUUUUUUGUCAAAUCAUUAAAUGUUUGUGGAGCAUUGUUAUUCCAUGUAAUACCAUGGUUGUGUUAUAUUAGGCACAACAAAGUUAUGUGAAAACUCGUCCUCAACACAGAAGAGACACAAGUUUAAAUUCCAGGUAGCGUCACAUGAAGCCUGGUCACAUGAUCCCUGUGUCUGGCCUAAGGUGCCGUCUCUACUAAUGUUUAUUUACACUGUAAAAUACUGUAACAUUAAUACUAGUCAGCCUUAACCUAUUUGUGAUCUUCGGCACAGGUUUUAUUUUACUUGUUUGUGCAGUGUUGUGCCAUAAUAUUGUUAUGUUUUUAUGCUUUUUCAGUAAAAAAAUUAAAAGUGAGAGAAAAAGA